AUGGUUGCGACAACUCUACUUUUGAGUAGAGAGUAUGCGAAGAUGUACUACAGAAAUGAUCCUGUGAAGUAUGAUCUUGCCGGUUACCUGACAUAUUUUUGUAGGAAAGACGAGAAGCACUCCAAGUGCUGGUCUCAUACAUACGGUGGCGUCCUCUCAUUAAAUUAA